AUGGAGGUUGCGCCUAUUGAUAAAAAGGACAAUUUAGUCCAGGAUAAAAAUCGCACCAGGUAUAAACGAAGGCGACAAUGGGACGAUAGAAAAGAAAACGGAGAGAGUCAGGAGAAAAAACCAUGCGAUAAACCGUUCGAGAGAAUUAAAAGAAAGAAAAUGGCGAUGCUACUCGGUUAUUGCGGAGUGAAUUACUAUGGUAUGCAAAGGAACCCUGGAGUUCCGACUAUUGAAGAGGAUCUCUUAAAAGCUUUGUAUGAAGCAAAAUAUAUAACGGAAGACGAUUUUAAUAAUCAGCAGAAUGCUCAGUUCCAAAGAAGUUCUAGGACAGACAAGGGGGUGUCAGCGGCUAGGCAGGUGGUGUCACUUAAACUACCUCUAGAAGUAAGUGUAGAUGAAAUAAACAGUAGAUUACCAGAUUGUAUCAAAGUUUUUGGUAUAAAAAGGGCAACAAAUAAAUUUAACUCAAAAUCUAAGUGUAACGCUAGAACAUACAGUUACACGCUUCCUACUUAUGUGUUUGAAUCAAAUGUUGUAUCGGAAGAUGAGAGGAAAGCAUACAGAAUCACAUCUGAAAAGAUAGCUCAAGUCAAUGAAGUGCUCAGUUACUAUAAAGGGACGAAAAGUUAUCAUAAUUUCACUGAGAAAAAACAUUUCCAAGAUCCAUCAUCUCUACGGUUCAUGAUGAGUUUUGUAUUGGAGAGAGUGUUUGUGGAAUCAGAAAUGGAAUUUGCAGAAUUGCUAGUGAAAGGACAAAGUUUCAUGUUGCAUCAAAUAAGAAAGAUGAUUGGAUUGAUGAUCGCUGUAGUUAGAGGACAUACAGACAUUUCUACAUUGGAGAAGUCUUUUAGCAAAGAUAAAGUCAUGAUACCAACAGCGCCUGGCCUGGGAUUGGUUCUUGAUAAGGUACAUUACGAGAGAUAUGACGCCAAAUUCAAAGACAGCCACGAAAGUUUGACCUGGGACGAAGAGGAAGAUGCAGUAGAGAAAUUCAAACGAGAAAAAAUAUUUCCUAAUAUUGUUAAAGGUGAAUUGGAAUCAAAUUCAAUGGGAAUAUGGCUUGAGAAGAUGCAGAAUCAUUCUUAUGAACCAUCUGAUGAUGCAAAUGAUGAAAAAGUUAAAGGUGAUGAUGAUGAUGAAAUAAAAGGUGAUGAUGAUGAUGAAGUAAAAGACGAUGAUGAUGAUGAUGAAGUAAAAGGUGAUGAUGAUGAUGAAGUAAAAGAUGAUGAUGAUGAUGAAGUAAAAGAUAAUCACAAUGAAGUACAAGAGCUUGGGAAUAAAGUAAAAGAUGUUAGUGAUGUUGAAGUAAAUGAUAAAGGUGAUGCUAGUGAUAUAGAAGCUAAGAAGGUGAAUGUGUAA